AUGGAUGAGAAAGACAGGACAUUAUCUGAUCUGGUAGGCUUGUUCAAAUCUUGGAUCCCAUGGAGGUCAGAGCCUGCUCAUGUGUCAAGGGAUUUCUGGAUGCCCGACCAGAGCUGCCGGGUGUGUUACGAGUGUGAUACCCAGUUCACAUUGUUUAACCGUAGGCAUCACUGUAGGGUCUGCGGCCGUAUUUUCUGCGCCAAGUGUACUUCCAAUUGGGUCCCUACCGAAUCAGGUGAACAUAAGGCUUUAGUAGAGGAGUGGGAUAAGAUUAGGGCCUGUAACUACUGUUUCAAGCAAUGGGGAAAAGAUCUGACGGUGGCUGUUGAUAAUGGGAUACAGGUCACCAGCCCGGACAUCAGCUGUCUUUCGCCAUCAGAAACUAGUUACCUUAGCACUAAGUCCAGUGGAACGUGUAGCAGCAGUGUUACUUUUUUCUCCAUGCCACAGUCUGCUGGACUCAGCCCUCGUCGAUCGCCUAUUAUGGAAACAGCUGUAGAGAGAGAACGCGUUGGAGCAACCAACGAUCGUGUUGGGGAUGUAGGGGAACAGAACAUGUCUGUAGACAGAUUUGAAUUCAGCAGAAACAGAAGUGAUGACGAUGAUGAAGAUUUUUCUUUCUCUCACGUUGGUUCCCAAGCGAGUCAUUUUGCCCAGGUCAACGACUAUUAUGGGCAUGCUCAGUUUCAUGAUCUAAACAGUGAUUUUGACUCACGUAAAGUUCAUCCCGAUGGAGAUGCUAUCGAUUCAAAUAUUAUGAGUGCUACACCAUCACCAAUUCCUUUUGAUUCCCAAAACUCUGACGAAGUCUCGCAGAUUGUGAGGAAAGGUGCUGAUCACGAUAUUGUUGAUGAAUGUGGGGCACCUUCUUCACUAUAUGUGGCUGAAGAUGUCAAUACUGAACCCGUGGACUUUGAAAGCAAUGGAGUUUUGUGGCUUCCACCAGAGCCGGAAGAUGAAGAAGAUGAAAGAGAAGCACUUCUCUUUGAGGAUGACGAUGAUGAUGGGGAUGGUGCUGGAGAAUGGGGAUACCUACGCAAUUCAAGUAGCUUUGGGAGUGGGGAGUUUCGAAGUAGGGACAGAUCAAAUGAGGAGCACAAGAAAGUUAUGAAGAACGUGGUCGAAGGUCACUUUAGGGCUUUGGUAGCGCAGCUCUUGCAGGUGGAGAAUCUGCUGCCAGAGGCAGUAAAUGACAAAGAAAGUUGGUUGGAAAUAAUUACAGCCUUGUCAUGGGAGGCUGCCACAUUGUUAAAGCCAGACACAAGCCAGGGUGGGCAAAUGGACCCAGGGGGGUACGUAAAAGUGAAAUGUCUAGCAUCGGGGCUUCGAAGCGAGAGUUCCGUCGUCAAAGGAAUUGUCUGCAAGAAAAAUGUGGCUCAUCGACGGAUGACAUCAAAGAUAGAGAAACCACGUCUGCUGAUCCUUGGGGGUGCUCUCGAGUAUCAGAGGAUUUCAAAUGCUCUUUCAAGCUUUGAUACUUUGUUGCAACAGGAAACGGAUCAUCUUAAGAUGGCUGUUGCAAAGAUAGAUGCACAUAAUCCUGACAUUCUUCUGGUGGAGAAAUCUGUUUCAAGAUAUGCCCAGGAGUACCUUCUUGCAAAAGAUAUAUCACUCGUGCUAAAUAUUAAAAAGCCACUUUUGGAGCGGAUAGCCCGCUGCACUGGUGCUCAAAUUGUUCCUUCUAUCGAUCAUCUAUCAUCACAGAAGCUAGGAUAUUGUGAUAUGUUCCAUGUAGAGAAAUUUCAAGAAGAGCAUGGCUCUGCGUGUCAGGCUGGAAAGAGACUGGUGAAGACACUAAUGUUUUUUGAAGGCUGUCCAAAGCCAUUAGGUUUCACGAUAUUACUUCGUGGCGCCAGUGGGGAUGAGUUGAAGAAAGUGAAGCAUGUCGUACAGUAUGGAGUCUUUGCAGCUUAUCAUCUGGCUCUGGAGACAUCUUUUCUUGCCGACGAAGGUGCCUCCCUGCCGGAAUUUCCUUUGAAUUCUCCGAUUAAUGUGGCACUUCCAGAGAAGGCAUCAUUGAUUGAUAGGUCCAUCUCAGUUGUGUCUGGUUUCAUGGCCCCAGCUGGUGAAAAAUUACCCGGGCCUCAAUCUGUUGGUGAACCAUUGAGGACGAGCAGUGUGCCCACUUCAGAUUCGAUGAAGGCAACAAUCACACCUGUUCAAGGGAAUGAAUGUUUAGAAGCAUCUAACCUCCGUGCUCCCAUGAGACCUCAUCCUUCCCUUGUCUCGUCCACUGUACAAGAUUUUCCGCAUUCUACCUUGACUGAGGGCUUUAGUCGCGAUGCCUCAGAAGAUCGUGGGUUUGCGGAUUUGUCGUUGUCUUCAGAGCCUCAAGUUUUUGAAAAAGACACAGGUGCUGCUACAGGGAGUUGCUACGUCUCUGGUGAUUUUGGCACCUCAGACACAAAAAUCAUGCAAAGCGAUCAUCGUCAAAUUGAUUCCAGCAGUAGUGUUACGGAUCCAUCGUCUUUGCAGCCUGAUGGAAAGCAAAUCCGCGAGGAACAGCCUGCUUCAAAAGAAGAGUUUCCGCCUUCUCCUUCUGACCAUCGAAGCAUCCUUGUCUCGUUGUCGUCACGAUGUGUAUGGAAGGGCACUGUAUGUGAAAGAUCCCAUCUGUUUCGAAUAAAAUAUUACGGUAACUUUGAUAAGCCUUUGGGUCGUUUUCUACGGGAUCAUUUAUUUGAUCAGAAUUAUGUAUGCCGCUCAUGUGAGAUGCCUGCCGAAGCUCAUGUGCAGUGUUAUACGCACAGACAAGGUACUCUUACAAUAUCUGUAAAGAAGCUGCCUGAAAUUAUUCUACCUGGGGAAAAGGAUGGAAAGAUCUGGAUGUGGCACCGUUGCUUGAGAUGUCCUAGAGCUAAUGGAUUCCCACCCGCAACUAGAAGGAUUGUGAUGUCCGAUGCUGCUUGGGGAUUGUCUUUUGGAAAGUUCUUGGAGCUAAGCUUUUCAAACCAUGCAGCUGCUAGCAGAGUGGCAAGCUGUGGCCAUUCUUUACAUAGAGACUGUCUUCGAUUUUAUGGGUCUGGAAAAAUGGUUGCUUGCUUUCGUUAUGCAUCAAUUGACGUUCAUUCAGUGUACCUACCUCCCCAUAAACUUGAUUUCAGCUAUGAAAGCCAGGAGUGGAUAGAAAGAGAACUGAAUGAGGUGGUUGGGCGAGCUGAGCUUUUGUUCUCUGAGGUGCUUAAUGCUCUUCGGCUUCUGGUUGAAAGAAAAUCUGCCCAAGGUAUGGUCAGCAGCGGCACCAACUUUUCUGAAUCGAAACGCUUGAUUUCAGAUCUUGAGGGUAUGCUGCAGAAAGAGAAGUCGGAAUUUGAGGAAACACUUGAGAAAAUUUUGAAGAAGGAGGUAAAAAAGGGCCAACCUGCCAUUGAUGUUCUCGAGCUCAAUCGGCUCCGCAGGCAACUAGUCUUCCAGUCUUAUAUGUGGGACCAACGCCUGAUACACGCCGCCAGCCAAGAUGUUAAGAAUCAACCAAAUGUCAUGGAAGUUACACCUUCAGAGUCGACGGUGAAACUUCUCGAUGGUAUUUUGAAAGUCCCUGAUAUAAGUUCUCCAAUUAAGACACGUUUGGGUAAUCUUGAAAAUAGCGGUGUGGAUGCAAAGACUAAUCAAAAUCCCGACCAUGGUGCCAGCCUUACCCUGAACAAUGAAAUUGAGGAUAGAAAACCUGAUGUAAUUCUCAGCCCCACUCUUCAAAAUCUAAGCCCGGCAGCUCCUGCUUGUGAGAUGAAGCCCACAGAUGAAUCUGAUCCAUUGGUUUCUGGCGUAAAUGUCCGUAGGGCCUUCUCUGAUGGUCAAGAUUCUAUUUGUUUGUCGCAAACCCUUGACUCGGCAUGGACCGGCCAAAGUCACACAGGAACCGCGAUUCCCAAGAAUAAGAGUUUCUCCGAAUCAGUCGAAGUAGAUACCCUAUCCACCCUCAGGUUAUCAAACAAGUUAGAAGUGGAAGACCACAUAGAGGACUUAAGCCUACCUAAGGCGCCUCCUCAGUCUCCUUCUGUUUCAUCUGCCAAAAGCUCCGAGAAUUUGGAAGACACUGUAAGCUGGUUGAGUAUGCCAUUUGUGAGUUUUUACCGAUCGAUAAAUAAAAAUUUUGUAGGACCAGCUGAGAAAUUGAACACGCUGGGCGAAUACAAUCCAAUGUACAUUUCAUCAUUUCGGGAUUCUGAACUCCAGGGUGGGGCCCGCUUGCUCCUGCCCGUGGGAGUCAACGAAACUGUUAUUCCUGUGUACGAUGAUGAGCCCACGAGUAUCAUUUCUUAUGCGCUUGUUUCGCCCGAUUAUUUUGCCCAGCUGUCUGAUGAACAACCCGACAGGGUCAAAGACUCUUCAGACUCUACAUUUUCUUCUCAGCAUUUUGAUGUUGGGAGUUUUCCUUCAUUUAAUUCUCUGGACGAGAUGAUGUUGGAGUCAUACAGGAGCCUUGGAUCCGGAGACGAGAGCAUGCUAACAUCUUUAACAAGCUCCCGUAGUUCUUUGCCUAUGGAUCCACUGUCUUAUACAAAGGCCUUGCAUGCCAGAGUGUCCUUCUCGGACGAGGGACCCCAUGGGAAGGCCAAGGUUUUGUCCAUCAAUAUAAGCUGCUGUGAUCGUUGUCCAGAGAAAUUGAAGCAAAAAUUAUUGAAAAUGCCUGGGGUGGACUCGAUCUCCAUCAACGUGGAGAAAAACUUGGUCUUUGUCGAGGGCCCGGUGGACCCCAUGACCCUCCUCAACAAAGUAGCGAGAUUCGGAAAACCGGUCCAACUCCUCCCGAACGACAACUACCGAUCGAACAACAACAACAACAACAACAACAAUCGGCGCCACGGACGAGAUUGCUUCGCGGACCCCACCGGGCCCCACCCCGACGAAACCAGAAGGAGGGCAAAAGAUCGGGGAGAAGAAGAAACGGGACAGAACGAGCCUCACAAAUGCGAGGCGUACGAGCCGCCCAAAGUCGACGAGAGGGUUUGUCGUGAUUUCUUCUGCAAGAUCCACCCGAGGUCCCGAUCGAUGGUGGAUAAGGUGUCGGGCCACAACUCGCUCUAUGGGGGCUUGCCCUUUUUUGGCUUCGGUGGGUCCCACCCGAACGACGGGAGCAUGUACCAUGACCCACAGGGUUUCGGGUACAACCAGCCUCCGAUGUACGGGUACGCCCGGCCACCGAGUAGGGUUCAACAUCCGUUUAGUUUUUAA